GAACAGUUCAGGUAGAACGAUCAUCGCUAGUACACGCUUUCACCGAGAUUACAUUUAUUAUUGUAUCAAUAGUAGAUUGUAGAAAGUAGAUUAGUGUUAUUUGCGAAGUUGUAAUCUAAAACCUGUCUUCUACAGCAAACAUGGCAGAACAAGGACUGUUAGAAGAGGACUGUAAGCAAGUUUUGAAAAAAUUUCUCAACAGCGACAAUUUCGAAUUAAGUUCGUUCAAAAUUGUCAAUUUUCGGAAUCCUCUACAAGGUCUAAUUGGGGAACAUUUUACUCUCAGGAUCGGGUAUGUCUUCAAAGAUGAAAAUGGGAGCCAGGAUUUUUUCGUGAAAACUUUAAGCACAAAUCCUUUCAUGUCAAAAUUUUCGAAAAUUAUCCAAGUGUAUGAGAAAGAAGCCUUCUACUUCGGUCUUUUGGAUCAGUUUAAGAGACACCAAAUCGAUAUUUCUUUUGCUCCAAGAGGAUUUUUCUUCAAGCCUUAUAUCACAGUCAUUGAGGACUUGUCAAGCGAAUUUAAAGGGACUCCAAAAAGGGAACUGUUCGAUUUGGACCAUUGUCUAACCUCACUUGAAGCCUUGGCCAAAUUUCACGCUUCCAGUAUUAUCUACGAGAGAUGCAAGUCAAAAGAAUUGAGCAAAAAGUAUUGCAUAAUUGAUGAUUAUAAAGAGUUACUUGAAGACAAAUUGGAACAUAAUGACAAUCCUCUUGCUUCAAAGUGGUUGCAAGCGUCCAUCGAAGGUCUACUUCAAUUGAUCGAUUUGAUUCGGGAGAAUCACGUGUCCCACGAUGCGUUUAAAGAAAAGCUUGGGGAAAUUCAGGAGCUGGGAAAUCCCCAAGGAUUAAUAAGUGGUAUUUUGCAUUCAGAUCUCUGGACUAGUAAUUUUUUGCACCGGUAUAAAAAUGGUAAGCCUGUCGAGAGCAAACUUUUGGACUUCCAAACCAUCAAAUACGGAUUUGUGGAACAGGACAUUGCUGAGUUUUUGAUGACGAACACGUGUCGGACUUUUCGUUCCCAAAAUUCCAAACUUUUGAUUGAACAUUAUUACAAGAACUUGCAACAGUGUUUGGGUUUAAAGGGGCUUCCUUCAACUGAAGAUUUUCUUCAAUCAUGUGACAAUUAUAUGCUUGCUGGGAAAAUUCGCGCAAUUCUCGAUCACACCUUCACUUUCGUCGCCGAUGAAAUUUACGUCGAUGUGUUGAAGUCGGAGGAAAGUUUUCGGAAGUUCUUGUUUGAUGAGCGGGGGAAAUGGAUUAUCGAGUCUUACAAUAAGAACGAGAAGUUUAAAAAUAUGUUGUACGAAGACGUGCUCGAACUCAGGGAUAUGUUGUUUUCGUAGUAUGAUGUAUCGUUGAAAAUAAAUGUUUUAA